GGGGUUUUUGGUUUGUAGCGUUAGUGCGGUAUUUUCUUCUGACCUGUCUCAUUGCGCGCACAAUGCUCGCCACUGCAACAUGGUUGUGUCGUAGCCAUCAUGUCUCGAAACUGGCUAACCAACUACACCGCUCAACACCUUUCGUUAAACCGUCUAUAUCAAAUCAUUCUGUUCGAUUGUUUCGCACAUUUCCAGUAGUUAAUAGUUCUAUACGUAGGCGUGUGGGGCGUAUCAAUCUAAAAUCAGGAGCCACGGAGUUUGAACAUUCCCUCAAUUUCAGUAAAACUCGAGCUUUAGUGGGUGCUGCAGCUGCAAUCAGUAUUGGUGGUCUUUGUCUUUAUGGUUUAGCUGGCAAGGAUAGUUCACUUUCAGCUUUUGAUCGUUCAGUUGCUUGGCCGGAUUACGUUAAACAGCGUAUUCGAGCGACGUAUAGCUAUUUACUAGCCAGUGCUACAAUUGCAGCUGGUUCAACUAUCGCAUUGUUUCAGUCUCCUACUAUGUGUCGUUUGAUGCUAAGUGGUGGGUGGCUUGCUCCUAUUGGAAUGGCAGUAUUGAGUAUAGCUACAGGAGUUAUUUGUCAGUCACUUACAUAUCCACAAUCGGGUCUAAGUGUUAAGCAUUUAGCAUGGGUUGCAUAUUCUGUGAGUUUAGGCGGUAUCCUGAUGCCUAUAUGCUUAGUUGGCGGACCCAUUCUUAUUCAGGCUGCUUUGUAUACUGGAGGUAUAGUGGGUUCCUUGUCACUGGUUGCAGUGACAGCACCAUCAGACCGUUUCAUCAACUGGGGUGGUCCUUUGGCGAUUGGUUUAGGAGUUGUUUUUGUGUCAUCUGUCGGUAGGUUAAUUAUCACUAUAGAAUUCUGAUUCAUGUUUUUUAUAUUGAUUAGUAACGUAUUUUCCAUAAAUACACCGGUUGCAAUUAGUCUAUGAUCAUUUUUUAACCAAAUACCCCUUCCAGGCAUUAGGUUGCUGAAGCCUAUUGGCUUUUUUGAAGAUGCUCCUUGAAACACGGCACAACUAUCAGGGCACAAUAGCUGUUUGAGUUUUCCUUGGUCAUACUUUCCCAGUUAUUGCCGAGCAUUAUUUGUGUAUCACGUAACAAUGGUUUAUUAUACCUUUAUUUUGUCUGCCAAAUUUUUGUGCAACCCGUGUAUAGUCAUUUAUGUAGGCUGAUGGCUUUUUGACCGUUCGGUUGUGUUGGUAGUGUGGUUAUUGACUUAGUGAUUUUUAUGUUUGUUGUUAUGGGUUGAUAAGGUUGUAGGAGACAUGAUCAAAUGUGACUAUUUAGCCAUCCCACUGUUUUGUAUGUUUUUGAGUAGUCUGCCAUCGGGUACUUUUGUACUUCUGUAUCUGUGAAAGUCUAAGUUGUUGAGUGGUUGUUCCUUAAGUGUUUGUUCAUACCUUUUAUUGUUGUGUACAUUUGCAACAGUUUGUUUGUGCAUACGUAUAUUUGCGUUCCUUGGCAAAUUUUCUCCGGUUUGUACUCUCCGUCAUUAUUUAGUUUUAUCUUAGUUGGGUGCUCUGCCCAAGUCGUUGGUAAUUCUUUGAGCACAUUUAAGUAGGGUUUUAUUUGUCUUAGUCAACAUUUUGCGAGGUGUUUUUACUUGUUAUGGUGCUUUCGAUAAUUAUGAUCUUCAAUUUGUCAGGUCUUUCGGGGUCUGUGUACCAUAUGUUUAGUUGGUUCUCCUGGACUUUUGUGGUCAUGUUUGAGAGACUAAUGUUACCUUAUAGUUCCUCCACUGUUAGAUCUCUACGGUUGUUUAUUCCGAGGAUCAAUAUUUGCUGUAUUAAAGACAACGAGUCUCACCCAAUCCUUCUUUCUUAAUACUAUAGUCUCUAGACCAUAGAUUAAGGUCGGAAUUAUAGUGGAUUCUAUCAGCUUCCUUUUAGUUAGUUUGAAUAAUGUCUGAUUUUAAGAGUAGUUGGAUUUCUAUUUUUGCGUAACGAGCUUUAGUAACCUUUUGGUCAACUGCAUGUUCAGGCAGUCCGUCUAGUUGGAUUAUGGAUUACAGAUGGUUAAAGGACGUUACUUUAAUAACUGUGUCGUCAAAACAAGUUGGCUGGUUGUUGUAUUGUUUAUUUACGGUCAUCGUCUUUGUCUUGUCGGUUGAGAUUGUCAUUCCAAAGGCUUCUGGAGUUUGGUCAGUGUUUGAGGGGCAUGUUACUUAUGAUGAGUCGUGGGCAUAUUUAUUCACCCAAAGAAUUUGCCAAAAAUGUCCAGUAAGAAUAUUUCCCGGUAAUUUUUCGAGUUUGUGUUCAUAUCUUUAUGUUCGUAAAUGCUGAUAAUGUCUACCAUCAAUCCAGAGGCAUAGGGUUUCGUUUGUAUUAGCCCAGAAUUGGUUCAUUACUCCUAAGAUAAUAUUUUGUUGGUUUCUUUCCUCUAUAUGUUGCCAUUUUGUUUGUGAUGUUCCCAAAGGCUCUAUCAUUUUUCAAUCAUUUAAUGGUUUGCUCUAGCUCAUAUAGGCUGGUGGGGCUAUCGUUUUGAUGGUUUGUUUCCAUGUUUGUUUUGGUCAAUUGUAUCAUGGAUUUGUAGCUGAAUAUUUAUUGAUAGUGGUCUAUCAGUGCUUGUUUACUGAUUUGUGUAGUCGGUUCUGUGUCGCAUGAAGUUUCGUUGUUUGUUAUCGCGAAUAUAGCGCUUAGACAUUUGUGUGUUUAGCCGGUGUUCAUUUUGUGUGAAGAUUUGGUCUAUAUUUGUUAGUUUUGUUUAUAUGUUGUCUUUAAGUUGUUUGUUGACGUCGUUUCUCUAUCAGGUGGAGUUGUUUCGUUUUAGCUCUGUUGGUUCGUCAAGCCUCUUUUUUCUUAGUUUGUGUUUUCCUUCGGUUUCCUCUAUCCUGGUGGGUUAGUAUACUUUUCCAUUUAUGUUUAGUUGAUGUUACCUUAGCUUGUGUGGAAACGGAAGUUGCAAUGUUCAGCAUGGUUUGCUCAGUUUGUUUGAGAUUAAAUUUCUCCUCCUGGACGCUUUUAGUUUUUUCAUAUUGUGUUGAUUUAUAUAUGCAUAUAGAUGUGAUCGUUGUUCAUCGCUUCUGGUGGUGUUUAUGGUGUUUUUUACUCCCUUUCUUGUUCGUUCUAUCAACAACCCUUACUAAGUGCCGGUCAGAGUUUGCAUCAGCUGAUAGACUCGUAUGGGCAUCAAAUAUCUGAAAGUUAAUUUGACCUAACCAAGUAAAAUUUAUGGCGCUAGUAUUUCCUCUUUGAAAUCUUGGUAAAAGCAUCAUGCAUUCUUUUUGAUCUAAACCAAACCAUUUUGACAAAGAAUACUCGAACAAUCAACAUAAAUAUCGUCAGACAUUUAAACACUAGGCGCCCAAAAAUCAAUAACUUGAUGAGAGAAAGACCCUAAAAUGUAGUUAUUUGACAUUUUUUUAGUGAUUCUAAUUGUUCAAAAUCAAACCUUGAAAUGAUUUAUACCAAUGAAUAAUAAUAAUCUAUUAAUGUCAUGAAAAGGACUUGAAUGAAUAAUUUCUAGCGUCUUAACGCAUCAUUGGGUACGAAAAACUAGACUUCUUGAUCAGUAAAUGUGUAAUUAACAAUGUGGUUAAAAUGGGUUUUCAGUUAACUUUUUAAGUGACGGCAUGUUCACAGCAUUUGAAAUCUAUUUUUUCACAUUAUUGCAACAGCUUUAAUGUUAACCAAAAGUACAAUUAUUAUCGUUGAUUUAAGUUCUAAGCAAACAUAAUCUAACCUCAUGUUUUCUUCUAUAAGGUUCCAUGUUUCUAUCUCCUGUAAGUCGUUUGGGAUCUGGUUUAGCGUCUAUCAGUCUUUACGGUGGCCUUCUUCUGUUUUCUGGAUUCCUACUUUACGAUACACAACAUGUGAUAAGACGGGCAGAAUCUCAUCCACCUCCGAAUUUCUAUUUACCAACUAACAAAGGAUUUCAGAAUCCAGAAGUAUUAAAACCAUUUGACCCGAUCAACAAUUCCAUUCGAAUUUUAUUGGAUGCUGUGAACAUAUUUGUUCGCAUAGCAGUAAUGUUAUCUGGUGGUGGCCAACGUAAGAAAUGAAGUUUAUUUACUAUCUUAUUCUCACCAAACAACGAACUACAUUUCUAUCUUUUAUGACAUUAAAAUUUAUUUGAUUUAUCAAGUGCUUGUGUUAAUCAUCAAAU